UCGAGACUGGAUUGACCUGCAAUCAUUGAAAUAAACGCCUCCAGCUGAUAAUCCAUCAAUUGAGUCGUGAGGAACUUGAUCUCGAGGAUGUCGACGAGAGCGAGUAGCAGGUCUGACAAGAAGAGUGACAAAUCCCCGAGGAUGGUCCCCCAGGUCGACAAAAAGAAGCGAAAACGCAAGAGGAAGGAGACGUACUCCACUUACAUCUACAAGGUCCUGAGACAGGUGCAACCGGACAUCGGUGUGUCAACCAAGGCGAUGAGUAUCAUGAAUAGUUUCGUCAAUGAUAUUUUCGAGAGGAUUGCCUCUGAAGCCGCUCGCCUCGUCAAAUACAAUAAACGUCGCACCAUCGGAUCCUCGGAGAUCCAAACAGCUGUUCGUCUUCUGUUACCUGGAGAACUUUCCAAACAUGCAAUUAGCGAGGCAACAAAAGCCGUCUCCAAGUACUCGCUGUCCAAGUAACUCCUGGAGUCAACUAUCGACUGUUUAUUCUUCAACCGACCAAUAAUUAUUCCCAAAUCAAAUGAUGAAAUUCUAUAAAUCAUUGGAGAUUUUUCUCGACAAUAAAAACAA